UAGUACUAGCCUGCCAAUUCCCUUCGGCCACCUGAAUGUGAAAACAUGUUGUGAAUCGUGAAUUUAGGACCAUUACAUGGGGGCGAAAUACAAUAACAUUUACUUUUAAGCGUAUUCUACUGCUGAGAAAACAUUAGCACCACCUUUAAAAUAUUUAUUCUGUAGUAGCUACCAACUUGUUUUUACAACUAAAGUGACCUGUUUUCAUUAGUUCCGAAGGUCGCUUUGAUACGUCACUAUUAACAAUAGCAUGACCAGUCUAGGGCGGUCGAGAAUUGGGUCAAUUCUGAGCUAUGUCCGUCGCUAUUAUUCAACAGCCAAUACAUGUGGCGUAACCACUGCCCCUCUCCGCCCCACUUGGGAAUUAAAUUAUUAUCACCAUUGUAGACUUCACCCCGUCACUUGUGUCGCUUCUGCCGCCAACCACCUGUCACCCACACCAACCAUGCGUUUUCUUCACGUGAUUUGCACUAUAAAUAGUAGGCUGUACUCUUUAUACUCAUCGGAAACAAAAUUGCGUGUCUUACUGAAGUGUAGGUUAACCUAGUUAGUGUAAAAAUCGGUAGGAAAAAAAAUAGUAGUCAACAAGAUGAGGGAGAUAUUGCUGCAAUGUGCCAAAGUGUUGUGGGACUUCGCUAGAGUGAACCAAAUUCUUGUAAAGAGUGAAGUUAUGAUCGUCCUUGGCAACGAUGAUCCACGCUCCGCGGAGCACGCUGCUGAGCUUUACUUGGAGGGCUGGGCGCCUUUAGUGCUCAUAUCUGGGAAGGAAGGAACUGGUACAAAAGGCAAGCUCCCCAACAACUCGACAGAGGCUGAAGUAUUUUGUGAUAUAAUGACGGCAAGAGGCGUACCACGUGACAAGAUCAUUCUCGAGAUGCAAGCCACAAACACAGGGGAGAACAUCCAGUACUCCCAAAGACUGUUGAACCAAAUGGGAAUCGCCCCCAAAUCUGUCCUCGUCGUCACCAAAAGUCUCAUGGAGCUCCGCGCAGUCUUGACCUUUCAAAAGCAGUGGCACGACUCCUCCAAGGUUCACCUGUGCGUCUCCUCCCCUCCCCUCUCCCUGUUGGAGUACCCCAGCCCCCACGUGGGUACGCUGGAUGACGUCAUAGAGUACCUGCUGGUACACUUCGAGAAGUUCACGCUGUACGCCCAGUGUGGUCACCAGGCGCCCGUGGAGAUCCCACCCCACGUGCAGAGAGCAUAUUCCAUUCUGCUAGCUCAAAAACACCAACUUCAAUAGCUCAAGACUUGUCUCUUGGACCAAUGACAGUACAUGCAAACAUAGCGGUUUUUUAACGCUGAGUUGCUGAAUUUAUAUAUAUAUAUAUAUAU